AUGAAAGUUCUUACCCUCAAUUUCCUGACCUGCGCCGUGAAGGCUUGCAAGUCCUCGACGGACUCGUACCCGCUGCACCCUAAAGAUGCCGAGCUGGUGGAGGAUGACAUUGAAGUCAACAUGGAUCUUCUCGUCAACGUGCUUCCGCGACUUGAUUGGACUGCUCUGCGGAUGACAUCUUCAGAGCUGGGCUUCCCAUCAUUGCCGGAGCAGCCGCCGACGCAGGAACAGCUCAAGUCGGAUGAGAAGCUGAUGCAAGACUUGCAUCACUUGCUGCUCAAAACCCAGAUUUCGGAGGGGAAGCUGGUGUGCGGAAACUGCGGACACGAGUAUCACAUUAAGGAGGGCAUCGCCAACUUUCUCUUGCCAAGCCAUCUGGUAUGA